ACGACCUUUGCCAUAAUACUAUAUCCUGACCAUAAAACGUAACAUAACAGAGCAGACUUGUUUGUAAAAAUCUACAUGUAACUGAGCUAGCUGAAAGGCUACGGACACAUUGAAGCUAUCUGCAUACUCACUGAGCACCAUUCGAGAAUCAAGACCAUGAAUAUUCCAGGUCGACCCAAGUCCCCAUCGAUGAGCAGCAGCAAUGAUGACCUUACAGACAGGGGGAGGUUUGGGAAGAGUGGGUCGUUUGGCAGUAAACCAAAGUCUUCGCCUGGUUUGGUCAAGUGGUUCAAAAGCAAAACAACCUCAAAGAAUGAUCUCUAUGAGGCGUCACCCAAACCGGAUGAGUGUCAUGACCUAGCCGUACAUUCACCUCGUGAGACCAGCCCUGAGAUGUCCCCAGAACCGUUAGAACGUGGACUCUCCCCCGAUAAUUUCUUCAGUUUCACAGCCGAAGAUAAUGUGAACAUCUGGGGUGAUGACUUCACGUCCAUACUGAAGAGAUCCACCAUCAGAAAGCUGAGUCUGAUCAGUGAGGAGCAAAAAGUGGCCAUCCCAAUUCAGGAAACUGACGGCACUGUGGAGAAUAUCGGAGUGGCUUUUGUAACAGCUGAGAGGACGUCCAAACUCCUCCCCAAAGAUGUUGUUGGUGCGAUGAGAGCUACUUCUCCCUCCCCACUCGACAGCUACCAGAAAAAGAAAAUGGUUGGAAAGUCUACGUCUGCCUCUUCUUUAGUGGGGGACCUCAGACCUUGGAGUAGGACCGAUGCAGCCUUCCUCGCCACGACAACGUCCUCCGUCCCGGUUCCACGCUCCUAUCCCAACGAUGCCGAAUCAUUGAACAAAGUAGUGCUGCUUGAGAGGCAGAUUGAGGAGUUGAAGGCGGCUUGUUGGAAGGCCCCGUCCAUCCGAGAUACCAUCGACAGAAUACUCAUUGGAAGAUCGUACUGCCUGGAAUGGUACAAGUCCCAGUUGGAGAAGAGAGCUCUGUUGGAUGCUGCCAUAGACAGUAACGAUGGCAAUUGCAUCAUCACCAUUCUACUGUUUAUCAAGAAGACUGUCAACCAACCGAUUCUACUGGGCAUGCUCAAGAAACGACCUGUUGCUAUUCGUCACUACGCCAGCUUCUUGAAACAGCUAGGAGCCACUACUGAGUUGACUAACUUGUAUAAGAGAUUGGAGGAGAAUGAGCGGCUAGCGGACAUCAAACUGCAACAGUGUGAGGCGGAGAUGAACCCGGCUGAGAGAUAUGCCAAACUCAGGGACUGUCACGCCCAUUUCUCUUCCACACCUGCGCUAAAGAUAGACGCCAGACAUGUGGAAGACUACGCAAGACUUACCAACCAGCAGAGAAUGAUUGAGGACAUGGAUGGACGUGGAAGCGCUGUAGUUCUUCGUGUCGGAACUGUACUGUUCAGAUCCAUGGUAACCACUCUUCUUUACUGCUGCAGGUAUCACAGAAGCAAACCUGAAACCAACACAGCCAGCCCGGUGGCCCUCCGACGUCAGUUUAACAUUCCUGAGAAGCAAUACUUCCAGAUGUAUCUACUGGCGCUGUGCGUAGACGAGGACUGGCGUUCGAUUGAGGAUCUGGUGACUACUAAGGGCUUUAUGGGCAUGGGCAAGAAGAAGAAAAGUCCAAUUGGGUUUGAGAGAAUCGUCAAAACUAUCGCUAGAAAGAGUCUCAAGCCACCAAUACAGAUCCUCACAAAGUACUUGACGGAGGUGGAUGACAUUGAGCUGCGUCUACAGCUGGCUACUGAGGUGGGCGUGUUCGACGUGGGUCUUGAUUGCCUCAAGGCGCUGAAGGACAAAGAGAAAUUGAGGAGCUAUAUCAACUGCAUACCCACCAACAAACACUGGGACUACAGACCGAAGAUAGAUGCAUUGCUAGCCAACUCACAAAUCAAAUGGAGAUAGUGAACAAGAUAAGACUUUUAUAAGCUGCUGACAAUUUGUUUUUUACUCUGUAUAAGAUUUCUACAUUAAAGUCAAUUGUUGUGUUAACGAUCUUUACCAAAUCAAAAUUUUAAUUGA